AAGACGCUGUGGUUAAUUCAGUGUAACGGGAUGCGUUAGUUUCUGCUGCUGCUCUGGAUGUAGCAGUGUGACCGUGGACAUAAAGAAAAGAAAAGCAGCAUCAGACAUCCAGUCGCUUUUACACCCAGAUAACCCAGGCUCUACACAGCACACAUCAGGAUUAUCAUCGGAAGAUGCGUUAUAAUUAGCUUAGAGAAACCAUCAGCAUCGUCUGUUGUGAUCUGACACAAAGACAGACGCACUGGUUGGAUUUGGGGUUUUAUUAUUACUGGAGGGACAAACUGAACAUCAUCGAUACGGAUAAAUAAACGCGAUGUCGUCGGAAAAACACGGAUUGGAGGAGGCAGCAGGGAGGCAGUCCAUGUCUCAGCCGAUGAUGCAGAUGGCUCCGCCUCCUUACCUCCCUGCCCAGGACCCCAACAUGCCCCCACAUCCUCCUCCACCCGGCUGUGGCCAACAGCCCAAUUACCCCCCUCCCCCUCCACCUCCUGGAUCAGAGGGGUACCAGCAGGAAACCCAGUUCCACUGCGGCACCCUCGGGCCCCAGGGGGCUCCGAACGGAUACCCAGCGCAGACGCACGGACCAGUGGGCACCGUCCCUCAUCCUCCAGUGGGCUAUAUACAUACAGGAUACCCCCUCCAGCUGCAGCCCUGCACGGCCUACGUGCCCGUCUAUCCCAUAGGCACAGGGGCGCAGCCUUACAUGGCCAACGGUGCACCUCAUCCAGGUGUUGCCCCUGGCCAGAUGGCCAUGCAUAUGCCCAACGGCAUUGCUCUGAUGGAGUCUCGUCGUCCUCCUCACGACUACCUGCCCAUCGCCGUCCUCACCACUGUCUGCUGCUUCUGGCCUACAGGAAUAAUCGCCAUCAUCAAAGCCGUGCAGGUGCGUACGGCUGUGGCUCGAGGCGAUAUGGUUACAGCAGAGAUCGCCUCGCGGGAGGCACGUAACUUCUCCUUCAUCAGUCUGGCGGUGGGGAUCGCCUCCAUUGUGCUCUGCACCAUACUCACAGUUGUGGUCAUCAUCGCCUCUCAGCACCACGAUGACGACUGGGAGCCCUAGAGAGCACAGCGCGGGACGCACCUCCCAUCCUGACCCCAGGCCAUCAUUCCAGUCGGUAUUAUGCUUUUUCUGUCACACAGCACACUUCUGACGCUCAAGACACCACAUCCUGAUCUGCAGUCCAAAAUACGCUUUUACAGCCAUUUGCCCAUGUAUUAGUUAAAAUAGUUUGACGGUAUGGUUAAAUGUUGGGAACACAGCACAUUGACUAUGUUGUAAGCAGUGUACGCUCACACUCUCAUUAACCGACCUAAACACUUCCUGUUUCUCCUAAACAAAAGCCUGUUCUAGAUCAGUAGUUAGAAAUAUAGCAUACUAAAGACUUGAGCCAGGUCAGGUGUGUUAUCAUUUGCUCUUGAAAUUUGCCAAAAUGUUACUUUUUAAAAGAAACACACAAGUACUACAAGAACAUAAUUUUGGUAUAAUUGUGUUUUUUGAUGUUCAAAACAUUCCAUCUAUUUAAGGAUAAUAUAUUUCUUUUUCGGGAUGCACCGACAAAUUUAGUUACUGAAAGUGUGGCUAAAUUGUGUUUUUUCUAUACGCUAAGUAUUGAAAAGUGUAAAAUAAGGUAUUGAAUAAGUUGAACGACUAAUAGAUUAUUGGAAUAAGUAACAUUUUCAUUUCUGUCGUGUGGUUCAGAAGAGUGUAUAUCAGUGUUGAUUACUCAGUGGUUUCUUUUCUGAAACCCAAGGCCAGAAGCCUACUCUACGCAGUACACAAACACAGAUGCUAAUGCUUGGCUAAUGUGUUGCAUGCAUGCAGUUCUGUUGGUAUCAAAUGAGAGUAGAUUAACAUUGGUGGAUUUAAUAAACUUGAAAAAUGGGUUAUUGACAUCUUUCCGCGAUUUAAAUAAAAUACCUUCUGAUGUUCAUUCAUGUUUAUUUCGUGCUUUAAGUAAGUAUGAAAAUACGAUCGGUUCACAUGCCGCUAUAGCAAUCUGUCAUGACACGUUAAAGAGCCACAAAACUGUAUCUGUUGAUUUAAUUUCUUUUAAAAUUACAAAAUUUUAAAGCUGAGACACUCAGCAAACUGUUACUCUGCCAUGACGGUAUACUGACCCCAGAAGAAGACAGUUUAUACAAAUGUAUAGCACCCCUUGUGGCAACACUGAGAAUUGCGAAUUGUGUUUUUGCGUAUCAUUGUGAAUUGCUGACAAGUUUACAAUUCAGCAAUAUGUGAAAAUAGCUAAAAGCAUUUGUGUUCAUGUACUUGCGUAGUGUAUGUCUUGGGCCUAAGUGUUCCCAAGUGUCUUGUGUGCAAAAACGGUCUCAAAUCAAUCCAGUUCAGAGGUGUUAAAAGAAUGUAUUCUUGGGUGAAAUUAUUACUUCAUUAUUGACUACUGUAAAUUGGCUUUUCAUUGAAGGAACACAUGAGAUUUGUGUGUUGUGAACUAGUGUAUUAUUUAUCGUUUAAACACUAAAUUAUUCAGUUGUGUAUUAAAUUGAUACUUCUAUAUUUAUUGAAAUAUGUAAUCAUAGGUCUAACUGUUGUGCUGAAAUAUUUGGUUAUCUUUCCUAGAUAACAGUCAGUCAUCACAGAUGAUUGCUCAGCUGGCAUAUUUUGAUGACGCAUGUGAUAAUAUGCACUUUUAUGCUCAGUAAGCAAGUAGCCAGUUUGUCUCACUUCUUUGUAGAUGAGAGUGUCACUUGCUUCAAGUUCGGACCUCAUUGAAACUCCUCUCAUGCUGCUGUCAGUUAGCUGUAGUUUGUUAGGUAAACGCAUUUAGCACAAUGGUUUGGUUGAAUGAAAAGAACAAAACAAUCCUAGAGUGGUCCUACACACACACACACACAUAUAUAUAUAUAUAUAUAUAUAUAUAUAUAUAUAUAUAUAUAUAUGUAACUGACUGUAUAAUCUUUCAAACUCUUUGUUUUCAAACGAGAGUUCACCCAAAAAAAUUAAUUUACUCGCACUCAUGGCUGUCCAAAAACCUUUAUGACUUUCUUAUUUCUAUGGAGCAUAAAAGGAGAAAUAGACCAAAAUGUUGAUAACUCCAUAAUCUGAAGCUGUUGAACCCCCAAAAUGACCA